AUGAAAUUCUUAAGCAUUGGAUUCUUGUUGGCUUUGUCCGGUUUAGCAGCCGCCGGAAAUUUGCACCAUGGCGGAGCCAGCAGUUAUACUACAGUUGUCCAACAUGGCGGUAGUUAUGGUCAUGGUGGAUCAGGACAUGGUUGGUCAGGACAUGGAGAUGCUAGUUAUGGUCAUGGUGGUGCCGGUUAUGGCCACGGUGGUGCUGGUGGAGCCAGUAGUUAUGCCUCCGUUGUCAAACAUGACGAUAGUCAUGGCCAUGGUGUUGAAAGCGGUCAUGGUUGGUCUGGACAUGGAGAUGCUAGUUAUAGUCAUGGCGGAGCUGGUCAUGGUUGGUCUGGACAUGGAGAUGCUAGUUAUAGUCAUGGCGGAGCUGGUUAUGGCCAUGGUGGUGCUGGUGGAGCUAGCAGCUAUGCCUCCGUUGUCAAACAUGAUGAUAGUCAUGGCCAUGGUGUUGAAAGCGGUCAUGGUUGGUCCGGACAUGGAUAUGCAUCUUAUGGUCACGGCGGUUCCGGUUAUAGCCACGGUGGUGCUGGUCAUGAUUAUGGCCAUGAUUAUCACUCAUAUCCCCAAUAUGAAUUUUCAUAUGGAGUUAAGGACUCAAAAACUGGUGAUAUGAAGGAUCAAUGGGAACACAGAGAUGGUGAUCAUGUUAAGGGCAGCUACACCUUAAAGGAGGCCGAUGGCACCACCCGUGUUGUUGACUAUCAUGCCGAUGGCCACCAUGGUUUCAAUGCUAUAGUUAAGAAAUUGGGUCAUGCCCAUCAUCCAGAGACUUAUCAUCAUCAUGGUAAUUAUGCUGGUCAUGGUUAUGGACAUGCCACCAUUUAUGCUAAGGUCAAGGUACAUUGA